GCGCGCGCGCCCGCAGUCUUUACGGUAAUCGCAGAGGCUGUGGAGUCAGCUGAUCCGCAGUGGCUCGCGCCUUAGGAGGAACCUCAUUUGUGGGAAAACAAACGCUGUCGGUUCCGAAAAACCAUGGCUGCGGAGAUCCACUCGAGGCCCCAGACCGCCAGACCGGUUCUGCUGAACAAGAUCGAGGGCCACACGGACGCUGUCAACGCCGCCGUGCUCAUCCCGAAGGAGGAUGGAGUGAUCACGGUCAGCGAGGACAGGACCAUCCGAGUGUGGCUGAAGAGAGACAGCGGUCAGUACUGGCCCAGCAUCUACCACACCGUCUCGUCGCCCUGCUCCUGCAUGUCGUACCACCAUGACAGCAGACGGAUCUUCAUAGGACAGGACAAUGGAUCGGUCGUGGAGUUUCUCAUCUCUGAAGAUUUCAACAAGAUGAACCAUGUCAAGACAUAUCCAGCCCACCAGAACCGCGUGUCGGCCUUGGUUUUCUCCCUGGAGAGCGAGUGGCUGGUGAGCACCGGCCAUGACAAGAGCCUGAGCUGGAUGUGCACACAGAGUGGCAGCAUGCUGGGGAGGCACUGCUUCUCCACCUGGGCCUCCUGCCUGCAAUACGACCACGAGACGCAGCACGCCUUUGUGGGCGACUUCUCUGGACAGGUCACCAUGCUGAAGCUGGAGAGGCAGACGUACUCCAUAGUCACCACGCUGAAGGGCCACGAAGGAAGCGUUGGAGCCUUGUGGUGGGAUCCCGUCCAGAGGCUGCUCUUCUCAGGCGCCUCGGAUCACAGUGUGAUCAUGUGGGACAUCGGCGGCCGCAAGGGGCGGACGCUACUGCUGCAGGGACAUCACGAGCGGGUUCAGGCCAUCCGUUACCUCCAGUUGACCCGGCAGCUGAUCUCCUGCUCAGCAGACGGAGGCGUUGCCGUGUGGAAUAUGGACACCCAAAGAGAAGAGGCGCCUCAGUGGUUAGACAGCGACUCUUGUCAGAAGUGUGAACAGCCGUUCUUCUGGAACAUCAAGCAGAUGUGGGACACAAAGACUUUGGGGCUCAGACAGCAUCACUGCAGGAAGUGUGGCAAAGCGGUUUGUGGAAAAUGCAGCUCGAAACGCUCUACUUUUCCAAUCAUGGGCUUCGAGUUCCCUGUGCGGGUGUGUGACGACUGCUUUGCUAUCAUCAAAGAUGAGGAUCGAACGCCUCUGGCCACGUUCCAUGAGGGGAAACACAACAUCGCCCACAUGGACAUGGACCCCUCCAGAGGCUUGAUGGUCACUUGUGGAAGCGACCGCAUUGUUAAGAUCUGGGAUAUGACACAGGUGGUUGGCUGUAGCUUAGCAACAGGCUUCUCCCAGCGCUGAUUGGCCCGGCCCACAUGGUACCCACUCUGGCUCAAGCCCACCCCGCUUUUCUCCUAGUGUCAUGGAAACCCCCUUUGUACAGUUUCCCCCCACCCUCAACGCCCAGGAUCCUCAGCUCUUUGGUGUACAAGUACACGUGUGAAUGCGUGUGUGUGUGUGUCUGUGUGUCUGUGUUUGCAUGCAUGGUGCGUGCUUGUGUGUACGUAUUCAUGCACGUGUUUGCGUUUGUGUGCUUCUGUGUGUGUUUGCUUGCGUUUGUUUUGAUGCGUGUGCGUGUGUACGAGUUGAUGGCUGCGUGCAUGUGUGUAUGCGUUAGUGUAUGUAUGAAUUUGUUAGUGUGUGUAUGUGUUGGUGCAUUGGUGUAUGCGUGCAUGUGUGUAUGUAUUGGUUCAUGUGUGUUGGUGGGUGCGUGUUUUUUGAAUGCGUUGGUGCUUGCGUGUGCUAAUGCGUGCAUGUGUGUAUGCAUGCGUGCGUGCGUGCGUGUGUGUCUGCGUGCGUGUGUGUGUGUGUGUGCGUGCGUGCGUGCGUGCGUGCAUGCAUGUGUACAUUUGUGCACACAUGUAUAUCCGUCAGUGUGUUUAUGUCUGUAUGUGUUUGUCUGUGUUUAUGUCUGUAUGUUGCUGCGUGCCUGCAUGUGUGCGUGCGUGCAUGUGUGUGUGCGGGCGCACUACUCUUUUUCUCAGUAAACAUGUCACUAAUCGUCCGUUUGAAAAAGUUGGAUUGUUCUGGGUUUUUUUUUUCGUUGCUUUUUUCAAUGACCGAAGCACAAUGGGCGAGUGUGUUGUCAUGGUUUCUCCUUUGGGGGAAUGGUAUUGAUGGAAGUGUUUACAUUCAAUACAUUCAAUGCUUUUGACAAAGGUCUCCUGUUUGCACUGUUUUGCGUGUAGUGCUGUGAAGUGAAUGUGUGAUGCACCAACGUCCCUUCAGACGCUCUUCAUUCCCGUCACCUGGAGAUUCUUGUGUACAGGAGAAAUGACUGCUUCUCUUUCACUAGCUGGCCUUAACUCACUCUCAGGAGGUUUUACAUUUGUAGAUGUUCAGUAGUUCAUGCCAUCCAUAACUGUUCAUCAUGAGGAUAUGAAUCACCGAACGUCUGUCUGGAAAGAUGAGGGAAAAGCUGCAGAUGUUUGCUCCACCGUGAUCCUGCCUCCACCUCACAGUCCCCAGCGAGGUAUGGGAGGCGGUUACCUGUUGCCACAGCAACCAGCAGGAAGAGUGUUACCCCCUUUAGAAGCAUAAGAAAUUUUUUACAAGUUUUCUUGGUGUAAAAUUGGCGCCCGUCCCUAAAGCCCAGAGGAGAGGUUCUGUGAUCACUGAACAGAAGCGGACUGAACUCCUCGCCAACAUCGUGGCUCCUUGUGUUUUUUUCAGAAGCCUUAAAGACGGAACUCAAUCUCAAAACCUUUGAUGCGUUGGCUUUCUGCUUUCCACCUCCUUUCUGACUGUAGAGGUUGUGUUUUCUGCUUGUCCCUAACAGUCGUACCACAGCGUGGGGGAUGCACAAAUGAUCUGUGAGGAACCAAACAAAUUAGGUGUGAGGGGGGAUCCAUGUAGCAUGACUGUAAAUAGCAGCUGCAGAUCAUCUGAUGUUAGACUAACGCUUGCCUUACUGUGAGUGGAGUUAAAAAUGUAGUCACAUUCCAGUUUUGUGUGUAUUUAUAUUUGUAGUAAAAACACCCUGUUACCUCCACAAACUGUUGUUUACUUUUCUGUGCCCCACCCUCCACUCGUCAUUUUCAGUGCUGUUUUUUUUCUUCUUUUUUUUAAUUGAUCGGGAAUCAUGGGUAAAAGGAGCCAUCAUCUCACCCCCUCAUGUUGUCUUCAGAGCUGAAACUGAGUUUCAUAUAUAAACGUGAAAAUUGGUGAUUUGUCUUUUAAAGAUGCGUUCCUGUACAGAAGGUCAGACGGGUUUGCUGGCGUGAUCACCUUUUGGGUUUGUCCAAAAACAGGCCAGAAAGAGAUCCCAUCAGCCCCAUGACACCUGUUCCUGCCUGCUGGAGCAUCUGUAAUCAGAUCAUUGAUUUCCACAAAUGAGGAUUCAUCCCCCCCCCCCCGCACGUAAACGCUUCCUGAACCGCUGUCACAGACGUGCGGGUCAUUAAUCGCCUCGGUGCAGUCAGGAGCUGCCAUGUCUGACAUCAGAGCCUCUUCCAGUCAAUCCAUCUCAUCUGGUCCUUGAAUCAGACCCAUCUUUAUGAAGGCAGGAUCAACGCCCUGAUUGGCUGUUUGCAGGAACAGUGCUCAUAAUUCAUCAGCAACAACUGCGAGAACGGAAAUGGAUUUUUGCCUCCUUAUCGGAGCUUGUUGUCAUGAUGGAGCCAUCUCCUGAAUUCUCAUUAUUUUGAUGGAAAGAUGAUUCAUUUUCCAAGACACUAUGACUUCGGAUCUUAUCGUCUUCCCUAUACAAAUGCAGAAACAUACCCCCUCCCCUGUUCUUUUUCAGAUUUCUGUGUUUUUAAAAGCUUUUGUUGAUCAUCCAGGACUAAUGUGGAUCUCUCCAUUGUCCUUUCCACCAGAACACAAAGAGGAAAAAUGACUGAUCUCUAAUAAAGAUGUUUGAAAAGUC